CCUAUAAUGACGUGGAUGUGAAAAAAAAGAACAAUAAAUUGCCGACACACACAGUAGUGUAAUCAAAUUAGGAAUAAAACUGUAAUGGAAUAACAGUUGCGAUAUAGUAAGAACUAUUAAAUAACAGCAAGCAGGCUUUGAGAAGGGAACACAGUUCUAUCCACACAACCGACAAGCGCAAAAACUCAUACUAGGAGAGAGAACAAGAAGAAGAGCAAGAAGACGACGGUGGCAGAAGAGGAACGGAACGAAACGUCUCGGCAAUGAAAUAAUUAGUGACUUAGAACGCGCCGUGUUGCCUAUUUUGUGUUUAGUUAGCCUCCACCUCUGUCCACCACUCCAAGCCAAAUCGAUAGUGCAGCAUCGCAGUCCGCUCCAAAGCUGUACGUCAAAGUAAACAAGAACGUGGAAGACACACAGACACACGACCACGACCGCACCAAUUAAUGGUGAGGGAGUAGAGCGGUUGCUGUGGCGACAAUGAUGAAUGAAGACAGUAGUGCCCCGAUGUCGUCGUCAUCAGGCGGCGGCGGUGGCAUCAAGAAGGUGUUUCAACGCCUUUCACAGACUUAUCAGUCAACACUUGAUCGCUCGACGCCGCACACGCGACUGCGUUGGGUGUUCGCUGGCUUUGUCCUCCUGCUCUUCGUGUUGCGCAUUUUCAUAUACCAAGGAUGGUACAUCAUCUGCUACGCGCUGGGCAUCUAUCAUCUGAAUCUGUUUAUCGCAUUUCUAACGCCAAAAAUCGAUCCAGAAUUCGAUCCGUAUGCACAGGACGACGAAGACGAUGGGCCGAAUCUGCCGACGCGCAGCAAUGAGGAAUUCCGGCCCUUCAUACGCCGCCUGCCGGAAUUCAAGUUCUGGCUGUCGGUGACAAAGAGCACGGGCAUUGGUCUCUUCUGCACCUUCUUCGACUUCUUCAACGUACCCGUCUUUUGGCCCAUACUGGUCAUGUACUUUAUCACGCUGUUCUGCAUCACGAUGAAGCGACAGAUCAAGCAUAUGAUCAAGUUCAAGUACUUGCCCUUCACACGCAACAAGCCACGAUAUCAGAGAGUGAACGACCUGGCGGGCCCCAACUCAGUGGCGGGCAACUCAAAGUGACAAUUAGCCGCACAGACGCCGGAGACACGGACAGCAGCAGCGGGCGAGGUGCUUGCAACACCAAAUGCUGCUGCUGCCCCAGCAACAACAACACCAUCAACUAGCGACAACGCAGCGACCAAGGAUGUGGGGUCGCCAACAGUGGGAGGAGUGUCCAUUAAACCACCGCAAAUCAUUGCAAUUGAGGACUACUAGAGAAAGCUACCAACACACAUACACACACACCAACCCAAAAGCAAUCCACAAUCGAAAAUCCAAAAUUAAGUUUAGCAUUCGGCUUGUAAUCGUGAAAAUAAUUGUUUUCUUUUGGUUUGCGUAGCAUUUUACUUCUUUACUAUUGAGUUGUCGCACGGCGUCUUGUGCAACAUAAAAGGCUUUGUUUAUUGUAUACAUUAUUUGGUAACAAUGCAAUACCCCAAUCCCCCCGGGUAAUUACUAUAAUUUAAAGCAUAAUUUAAACCCAACAA